CUGUCAAUAUAAAGCCUCAGGUCACUUCCUUUCUUCCUGCUGGGCUAGCACCACACUGCAUCUGCUCAACAUGCCACCUUACACCAUCGUCUAUUUCCCCUCCCGAGGGCGUUGUGAGGUUAUGCGCAUGCUGCUAGCGGACCAGGGCCAGAGCUGGAAGGAAGAGGUGGUGACCUUGGAUGUUUGGGAGGAAGGCACAUUCAAGGCUUCCUGUCUGUUUGGACAGAUCCCCAAGUUCCAGGAUGGAGAGCUCACUCUGUACCAAUCCAAUGCCAUCCUACGGCACCUGGGCCGCUCCUUUGGGCUCUAUGGAAAAAACCAACAAGAAGCAGCGCUGGUGGACAUGGUGAACGAUGGACUGGAAGACCUAUUCAGCCUCAUCGCCCGGCAGUAUCGCCAUAUCCUUAAGGAGGGCAAGGACCGGAUUCAGAAGGAGCUUCCAAGACACCUGAAGCCAUUUGAAACUCUCCUGGCCCAGAACAAGGGUGGCCAGUCCUUCAUUGUUGGUGAUCAGAUCUCCUUUGUGGACUACCGCCUGCUGGACAUGCUUCUGAACCUUGAGGUCCUAUUCCCUGGUUACUUGAAUGACUACCCCCUGUUCUCUGCCUACAUGGCGCGCCUCAAAACCCGACCCAAGCUCAAGGCCUUCCUGGAGUCUCCUGAGCACGUGAACCGGCCCCUUGCUGCUUGCAUAAAGAUAUGAGCCCACCUGCCUCCCCCAGGCCCCACCUAGACCAAUAAAAAUGACCAAUGAGAG